CAGUUUUCCUUGUGUGUUCUCAGUUUUCACAUGGACUCGCCGCUCCCACAAUUCAGUAAGGCGGCAAAAAGAGAAAACUCGUUCCUUUAACAUAUCUGUUUUCUUCCCUUUAAUUUCCUUCAAGAAGUAGCUUUAAUCCGACGGUAACCUUUCACGCGGUCAGCCCAUUCCCAAUUUCCAGCUACCUUUACGUUUCUUCUUCUUCUUCACCUGCAUUCUCUCACUAACCCCAUCUUUCUAGUUCUUCUCCCUUCUGAAAAUUGGGUUUUCAAUUCGGUAGCCUAAUUCCAGAGAGCGAUUGAAAAAAAGAAAGGGUUCUCUUUUUUCUUUUUAAUAAUAAUAAUAAUAAAAAGCAAAGCUCUGGCAAUGGAAGAACGAGGGCAGUUAAACAGGGCAUUACUCGAUGCCACCGCAGGUGCCGUUUCGGGUGGAAUUUCCCGGACAGUUACUUCUCCUCUUGAUGUUAUUAAGAUAAGAUUCCAGGUACAAUUGGAGCCUACAUCUUCAUGGUCUUUGAUCCGGAAAGAUCUUUCUGGAUCAUCAAAAUAUACUGGAAUGUUUCAAGCAACAAAGGAGAUAUUCAGGGAAGAGGGUUUACGGGGCUUUUGGCGAGGUAAUGUCCCAGCCCUGCUUAUGGUUAUGCCAUAUACUGCUAUACAAUUUGCGGUGUUACACAAACUGAAAACUUUUGCUUCUGGUUCUUCCAAUUCAGCGGAUCACCUUAACAUAAGCCCCUACCUGUCUUAUGUCAGUGGAGGGUUCGCAGGCUGUGCAGCUACUGUUGGAUCUUAUCCUUUUGAUCUUCUACGGACUUUAUUAGCUUCACAAGGUGAACCUAAGGUAUAUCCUAACAUGAGAUCAGCACUAUUUGAUAUACUCAAAACUCGUGGCUUCAGUGGAUUGUAUGCGGGGUUGUCACCAACACUGGUUGAGAUCAUUCCUUAUGCUGGCUUGCAAUUUGGCACCUAUGAUACAUUUAAGCGUUGGAUCAUGGCUUGGAACCGGUUAAGAUCAUCAAAUACAAGCUCAACCACGGAUGAUAGCCUUUCAAGUUUACAACUUCUCAUUUGUGGACUAGCAGCUGGUACUUGUGCGAAACUUGUCUGUCAUCCCCUUGAUGUAGUCAAGAAAAGGUUCCAGAUUGAAGGAUUACAGCGGCACCCGAAGUACGGUGCCCGAGUAGAACAUCGUGCUUACAGGAACAUGUUUGAUGCCUUAAAUCGGAUUCUGAAAUCAGAGGGUUUACAUGGUCUUUAUAAGGGGAUUGUUCCGUCAACAAUCAAAGCUGCGCCGGCCGGUGCUGUAACAUUUGUGGCUUACGAGUUUACAUCAGAUUGGUUAGAGUCCUUUUCGACUUAAUGCUGAACCGGAUUUUCAUUUUUGUUUUACUUCUCAUCUAUUACAUCAUUCAUUCUUUUUCCCUGGAUUUUGUAGAGGCCCUCAUAAGAAAAUGAGGGGAAGGGUUUAUCAUAUUAUUACAUUCAAUUGUCAUUAUUUACAGGAAGUUGAUAUUGUUUAUAGAAUUCAGUGGUGAAAUAAAGAUGGAGAGUAACUUCUUAUACCUCUGAAA